AUGGCAGCUUCAGCAAAGUCUCUCACAAAUAGCAAUUGCACAACAGAUGGAGACUGGACGGUUAUUUUACCCCGUCGUGGAAGACAAAGGAGAAAAGAUACUGAAGUUGAAAAAAUUUCCGAAGAAAAACAAGAACCAUGGGCUCCAACAGAUUCUCAGAAAGAUCCAAUCAGAGAAACAGCAUUAAUGCAGAAAAUGGAAAGAUAUAUUAGUAAGAUUGAGAACUCUCAGUUCUAUCAAACUUUCAGAGAUCAGAUUGAAACAUCAAUUUUAGAUUAUUUCCAUAUAGUUUUGGGCUCAGAGACAAGUAUGCAAAUGGUCAUUUACGGUAUCGGCAGCAUUGAAUUGUAUGAGCCGCCAUGUUUACAACUCAGCAUAGCAAUGUUGAUGAAAAGAGAUUUAAAUUUGAUUGGAAACGUCGAGGUAUUUGAUCCUGUUCUCUCUGUAACUGAGUCUCGGGUUUUGGAAGCUCUUGGUUGUUCCGUCAUGUCAAUAAACGAGAAUGGGAAGCGCGAGGCUGUGAAGCCAACAAUGUUCUUCAUGCCUCACUGCGAAGCAGAGUUAUAUAACAACCUGUUGCAGGCAAAUUGGAAACCGGAUUUCUUAAAUAACAUUGUACUAUUCGGGAACAGCUUUGAAGCAUACGAGCAGCAUGUGUCAUUAUGUAAGAACUCACCCGUCCUGAACUCGGUAAAACAUAUCUUGGCUGCUCGAAGUUUUACAAACGAAAUCAAAAUUGAAAAAAUUCCUGAUGAUUAUUAUAAUGCAUUCCAUGAUUCAAGUUGGCAUUUUUUCAGCGCUGUCAAUGAAAAAGAGCUGCAAUUUAUCAAUUCUUGA